GUGGGUUUAUUAUGAGAAUCCUAAAUGUUGAAAACAUCAGGUAGACCCAGGACAACCAACACCAAAAUGUAGUGUUUUUGGAAAAAAAAAUAUUGCUUUAUACUUGGUGGAAUGAUGGGGCGUACUAUAUUAUGAGUUACUCAAACUAGGAGAAAACAUUACUGGAGAACGCUGCAGUUCUCAAUUAAAAAAUCCUGUCUAUCGGUUGACCCUGCGAGCCAGCCUCAAAACUUCCUGUUCUUUGAGCUCGAAAACGUUGUGAAUACAUUUUCGAGCUCGAAAAUACUUUGGUGUGCCAUUGUUUUCAAAAAGAAAAAAAGUUUUUUACCAUUUUUACUCCAACGAUACCUCAAACGAAUUGACCGAUUGAGACGGUUGAGGUAGCAAUCGAUGCGUUUUAUUGAGUCCUAAAGCUGAUCAGAUUUUGGAAUUGAUUUAUCAAGUCGUUUUUGAGUAAUUUCAAAAAAACUAAAAAAAAAUUUUUUUUUAAUUCUUUCAAUAACGGUUUCUCUUGAACGAAUGAACCAAUUUUGAUGGUUGAGGUAGCAUUCGACGCGGCUUAUAAAGUUUUAGAUCGGCUUAGAUUUUGAAAUCAAUCCAUCGAGCACAUUAAAAGUUAUCCAAAAAAAAACAUUCUUGAAAACAUUUUAUUCUUGGAAUAUCUCUGGUCAAUUCAACUAUACUUUAUAAUACUUGAAACCUAUUUCGAUUGUUUUUUUUUUCUCGUUUAUUUUUUAUUAAUUAUUUAUAGUUCAUUUGAUAACCUAAAUUUAUUUGUUAGUCAGUAAAUUUUUUUUCAAUUGAGAAUACCUUUACUUGCUAUAUUUGGUUUAAUAUUUUUAUACACUUUUUUAUAUAACGUUUUGUCGACAAUAAAAAAAUUUUUUGUUUGUUAUUUUGGUAAUGGAGAAACUAAGAUAUAAUCUAACUGCACAUGUUCCAAGAAGAAAUAAAUCAAUCAUCAUCUGAAGAAACAACAUUAAAAACACAAGGAUACAAAAUUCUAAAAAAACUUGGCGAAGGUUCAUUUGCCAAGGUGUUUCUUGCUGAAUAUAAACCAGAUAGUGAGCCUGACUCUAAAGUUAAUUUAGCCUGUAAAAUUGUGGAUACAUCAAAAGCACCAAAAGAAGUCGUACAAAAAUUUUUUCCGCGAGAACUAAGUAUUUUAAUGAAGCUUAACCAUCCUCAUGUCGUUCAAGUUCACAGUAUAUUUCAGCGAAAUUCUAAAUAUUUUAUUUUCAUGCGAUUUGCUGAAAGCGGUGAUCUUUUAGAAUAUAUUACGAAAAAUGGCUCAGUUGGAGAAAUUCAAGCUCGUAUUUGGCUACGUCAACUUACUCUGGGUUUACAGUAUUUACAUGAGAUGGAAAUUGCUCACCGUGACAUGAAAUGUGAAAAUGUUUUAUUGACUAUUAAUUUCAACGUUAAACUCGCAGAUUUCGGAUUCGCUCGUUACGUAACGGAUAUUCGUGGAAAACAAGUAUUGAGUGAUACUUAUUGUGGUUCCCUACUGUAUGCAGCACCAGAAAUACUUAGAGGUUCUCCGUAUAAUCCUAAGAUAGCCGAUAUUUGGUCACUUGGUGUAAUUUUGUAUAUUAUUAUAAAUAAAGCAAUGCCUUUUGAUGAUACAAAUUUGACUCGAUUAUACACGCUGCAGACGAAUCGUCGUUGGAAAUUCCAACAGAAAGUUAUUGAUCAACUUAGUGAUCAAGUUAAAAAAUUAAUUGCAUGUCUACUCGAGCCUGAUACUGCAAAAAGAUGGAAAGUUAAUCAAAUUGUUCAAUGUAGUUGGAUUGCAAUGAACCCGGAAUUAGUUGUACUUAAGCCAAUUGAACAAGAAGCACUAAAUAGUGCUAUUGAUAAUCGGAAAAAAAAUGCAGAAGAAAUGAAAAGAAAAAAAACGAUCUUAUAUGCAUCUGGUCAAAAUGACAAAGAAGGAAUAACAAACGUUGGAGCAGACAUAGGAGAUAUAAAAGUGAUUAAAAAAGCUGGUGAAGCACGAUUUAUUUCAUCGAUCGUGGAAAGUAAUAUUCCAAAUUUUUAUUCAGUAACUACUGAAUAAUAAUAUUUUCUA